AUGGCAGCAGUUCCGGUUUCUGAACUCAGCGUCGCUGAGAAGGACGAGUUGGUGUGCACCUACGCCGCGUUGAUCCUCCACGACACUGAGGAUGCCGAAAUCUCUUCGGACAACAUGAACAAGGUCAUCAAGGCCGCGGGACUCUCCGUCGAACCGUACUGGACCACUUUGUUCGCAAAGAUGGUCGAAGGAAAGGUAAAACUAAGAAAUUACUAAGAAAUUUUCAGUUCUUUAGUUCGAUAUAAUAUCAAGAAAUUUAGAUUGAAGGUUGGAAGGUUGAGCCCUUGGUAUGGCAUAUAAGUAAGAGGAUAAAAAUGUGUGAUUAAUCGGGUAGGAAUCAAUUUGGAGUUUCCUGCCGUCUUCUUUAGGAAAUGGUCCAAGGUGCAAUUACCUACGGUACAUUGAUAGGACAGCGAUGUCGAAAGCCCAAGAUGGUGUUUUCUUCUACUUCACCUAAAUAUGUGGGAUCUGGUUAUUGCCAUCGUAAGCCUCAUUGACGUUGAUUUUUUUUGAUAUUUCUCACAGGACCUCGGAGAUAUGCUCAAGCUCGGCGGCGGAGGCGGUGGCGGCGGUGGUGCCGCUGCUGGCGGUGCUGCUGCUGCCGGUGGCGCAGCUGCUGAGGAGAAGAAGGAAGAGGCUCCUCCAGAGGAGGAAGAAGAUGACAUGGAAUUCGAUCUCUUCGAUUAAGUGUCGUCCCUCUGCUCGGAAGCCUUUAGUAAGAUUUUAGGAGAUCCCUGAAGAUAGGUCUCCUGAGGGGAACUAGGGAGGCGUUGAGAACAUGCUGUUGAGACGAUUUGGCUGUUGUCAAAUGAAGAAUCGUUCUCAAAUCAACAGCGGACAUGUCAUCUUUUUGCCCCACGGAUGUGAGUCUAAAGCUCUAGAAGCGAGGAAGGCCUAAAGCAAGCUCGUGGUCACACCUACAUAUGUGAUCUCACGCGUCGCGACGUGUUUGUUA